AUGAGUAAAGCCGAUGUAGUAAAUGAAAUUCAUAGAAAUGCUAGGGUGAAUUUCCCACGUAGAAAUGUUAUUACGAAAGAUAUAGAUGAUUUAUGGCAAGCAGACUUAAUUGAUAUGCAAUCAGUUUCUAAGGAAAACAAAAACUUCAGAUUUAUUCUUACCGUUAUUGAUACAUUUUCGAAAUACGCUUGGGCUUUUCCAAUUAAGACUAAAAGUAAAGAGGACGUAUGCUAUAAUUUUAUGAAGCUCCUAAAAACACGUGUACCCAAAAAUCUGCAAACCGACAAUGGAAAAAAAUUUUAUAAUGAUAAGUUUAAAAAAAUUAUGAAUUCUUAUAAUAUUAAUCAUUUCUCAACCUUUUCAACAAAGAAGGCUUCCAUAGUUGAACGAUUUAUUCGAACUUUGAAAUCUAAAUUGUAUAAAGCAUUUAAUUUACAGGGUAAUUAUAACUGGAUAGGCGAUACUCUUAAUAAUGUUAUUUACGAAUACAAUCACACUUAUCAUUGA